UUUCACUUGUUCGUUGUUGUCAACUUUCCAGGGAUUACCCCGAGGAGAAACCAUGCGCGGAUGUAUAUGGUGAGUCACAACACCAUUCCCUGACGACAUCGACGACGGACAUGGAUGUCAUCUCCAAGGUGCUCGACGAUGACAACCUCCUCAGAGAGAUCAUCCUUUGUGUCGGCUUCCCGACCACCCUCAUCUGUGCCUCCCUCGUCUGCAAGCGUUGGUACCACCACGCCUCCGACCGCAAGUUCCUCAGCCGUUUCCAUGAGCACAACCCGUCCCACCUCCUAGGCUUCUACCUCGAGGACACCGAUGACCCAAGCGUGGCUGCACACUUCUAUCCGAUGCUGCCUCAACCUGCAGAGCUUGCCACUGUCAUCCGUAGUGCAAGAUUUAGCUUGGACCCCCACCAGAGUGAAAUGUCCGACAUGAUGGGCUGCCGGAACAGCAACGUACUCAUCAGUUUGUACGACUGCAGAGAUUUUACAGUUGGAGUGCACAACACGUUGCACCCCGAGAGAAGUUUGGCGGUCCUCCCGCCAUUCCCAGAGUUGCAAAUUCAGGACGGCUAUUUCUGUGGUAUGAAUGAUCUCCUCCUCUCCAAAGAGGAAGGCGAUGGCUUGUCCUACAUUUAUGUGUUGGUGGAGUCUACAACAGAGAGGACCAAAUCUAUGAUGCACAUAGAUGUGCUGUGAAAUGGUGACACCGUAUGGCGCAGACAUCUUGACUUGGCCACCGACCAAUUCAUUGUCCGUGAUUUGAUCCAAAAGUUGUGCUCACCGGCGAUAAAAUCUAUAUACCGAGUGCCCAGAGCGACAUUGUUGUCCUGGAUUUGAUGGGCUCAAGCAUCUCCAUGAUUCUGCUCCCACAAGGGGUGGAGUACGGUGAUAGAGACACCAUGUUGGCAUGGGCCAGUAAUGCUUCUGGUGUGUAUCUUAGCCAUGCCAAGAAGCUUCAACUUUGCAUUUGGCUCCACAAGGGGGGCACCUGGUUGUUGGUGCACAAUAUUUGUUUGCGUGAGAUGGUUGCUGGUUUGAUAGAGACACCAUGUUGGCAUGGGCCAGUAAUGCUUCUGGUGUGUAUCUCCACCUGGAUAUCAAGUACAAGAAACUGCGUAAACUGUAUGACCUGGAAGAGAAAGAUCGACCUUUGGGUGAUAUCCAUCCUUUCAUGAUGAUUUGGCCUCCCACAUUUCCUACACUCAAGUAUGAUCCUGUGACGUUUAUCCUUUUGCACCCUUGUCGAGUUUAGAGACUUUUGUUGUGUGCAUCGUCCAUUGCAU